UCGAGUUUAAAUUUAGUUUUCCUGUUUAGUACAUCCGGUGUUGAGUUACUUUUUUGGAAAAGUGCAAAAUGUUCACAAAAAUGAGAAUAGAGAGGAAAAGAAUUGAUAAAAACAUUAUCCGCUAUCACAUUUUAUCAUAAGAAAUGGUGACAAUGCUUACCUUUUUCUUUAUCUUGAAGAAAUGGUCAUGAGUAUGCAGCUGAAAAAGAAAGUCUUGUUGGCCUUAGUUGGUAUUUUCCUUUUCUUGAUAAUAUUCAUUACAUAUAUUGGUCGCAUGAUUCCAUGGCGUGGCUACAGUCACCAUGAGAAUGUAUUUGAGUAUGAUGAAUAUAAUGAUGGGGAUUAUGACGAGAAAGAACGUUUUGAAAAGGCGAGGAAACACCUUCCAAAGUGGAAUUACACCAAGAAGAAUAUAGGCAUUUUCAUGAGACCACGUCUUGAUUGGAUGCCAACACCUAAACCAACAAAGCCAUCACCACAAAUUAUUGUAAAGAAAAACAAGAAGAUUUCAUUCUCCCCAGAUCUACCGCUGGACAAAAUUGAGGAAAAUUUCUACAGGUAUUUGGAGCAGAAAGAUGUCAUUUGUAAACAAGACAAAAGACUUGGAUACCAGCAUGAUGGUGGAUACAAUGUGUGUUUUUCUCCUCCCUUUGGUCUGAAAAAACCAUGCCUAGUUUACUCAUUUGGUAUUGCAAAUGACUGGAACUUUGAUGAUGCAGUUUCCAAAAUUUAUGGCUGUAGGGUGUUGUCAUUUGAUCCCAGUGUAAAAAAUCUGAAUAAUCACAAUAGGAGUGAUUUAAUUACUUUCAAAAAACUCGGACUGGGAGGUAGGAAUGGAAUCAACAGUAAAGGAUGGAAAAUGAAGACACUGAGUCAACAUUUAGAAGAUGAAGGUCACACAAAGACUGCCAUUGACUAUCUGAAGUUUGAUGUUGAAUACACAGAAUGGAACAUUCUCAAAAAUAUCGUGAGUGAUAAUUCACUAGACAAUGUCAAACAGAUUGGAUUUGAGAUGCAUACUCCCGAGUUUUUGAACAAGUUUAAGAAAAUUCCCAAACCAAAGCACACAACCAAGAAGGACUACCUUGAAAUGGUAAAAUUACUUAAGGGACUGGAAAAGAAAAACUUCCGAAGGUUUAAUCACAGAAGAAAUCCAUUUUGUGAAUAUGAAGCGCCAGGUGCUUAUAAGAAAUAUUACUAUUGUUAUGAGCUUCAUUAUGUCAACAUGAAGUUUGUGUCAUCCAAUCACACCAUUGCCGAAGAGUAACAAGGGGACUGAGAAAUCCACAGAAUUCCAUGAGGUUAAAUUAUCAUUUUAUUCUUUUAAAUUUUUCAAAAAAGUGGGGGGAGGGGGGGGGGGCUAAAUAAUUAUGUUUUAGUGUACAAAAACUUUAUACUUAUGAACAUGUAUAUCAUAAUAUAUGACAUUUCAGGAAACAUUACAUAUAACUCUUAAA